AUGGCCACAUACCCACGGGAGUCGGCUUUCAUGCCGACUGUCAAAUGCUCACAAUGCGGUAAUGAAGUCGAGAUAUCAAUGAUGGGCGAGCAUGUCUGCAAAGCAGCCUCAAAACCAGAACCGCCAUUACCACAACCACCGGCCGGGUCAGACAUGCUUACUGGCGCUUUCGCCUCACUAAAACAGACAGUAUGGGGAUUCGGCAGUCGUGCCGCGCCGCCCACAGUAGACACAAACGCAGCGAAUGAGGCCUUCUCCAAGCAGGACCAACUGACACCAGUGAGCGCUUCGACGGGCUCGAGAACCAUUUCACCCAAAACGCCCAGUGGCCGGUUAGAUAAUGGCUCAAAUAGCGACGAAUACUUUUCUCCCGCGAUCGCAGACGCAGCUCAGAAUGGGCGGCCAGGAGGUUAUGGCGGAUUUGGGGAGCCGCAGCCAUAUGAGCCGGAGCCAAUGUACUACGGUUCAAGCCCUCAGAAGCAAGCGGCCGCUCCACAAGCUCCGCCAAGUCUAUUGCAGAGGAUGAACACCAUCGCUCCAGGACCUUUUGAAAUGAAUAGAAAACCUGCGAGCAAGAAUGCUUUUGCGCCACCCAGGAAUGAGCAGGCACAAGCCCCGGAAACCUAUGCGGAGGACGGGGGCAUGCCGCGGGUCCAACGCAAGAACGGAUAUGGUGGAUUUGGACCACCUCAGCAGGAACAGGACGCCAACUUUGAACCACGGCCAUUUGGCACCAAUCAACGUUCCGAGACAUUCCCUAAACAGAAUCAAAGUAUAUAUAAUGACGUGCCUGAACGUCCGCCUUCGGCACCAGGCACACGACCGCAGCGUACGCUGAGGGCCCCCAGCGGAGAUGGGUCGUUCAUGACCAAGGAUCGGCCGCCACGCCCAUCGUUUGGCAUGAAAGACACGAGCCGCCCUCCACCACCACGAAAGAGUCUGAUCCCACCAGCAGGAACAGCGGGUAGUGGUGCGAACAUAAACCUGGCCGCUGAGUUUGGCAUUAGCAAUCCCUAUCAUACGCCCUCGGACUCCCAAUCGUCAAACAACUCAGGCUACAGUAUGUCGCAGGCGAGUCAUACGAGCUCUAUCUCGAGCCCACCUCGUUCUGUCAGCUCUAGGAGAAAACCAUCAGAUACCUCUGCAAACUUCGAUUCCCUUAUGAACGACCUCCAGACAUCCAUGGAUUCGUUCAACCCCGACUUAUCUGCUGCUGAACCUGAACAGGCUGAACAGACUGCCAGCCCUUCUGAAGAGAUGCGCUUCGAUCCAGCCAUUCAAGGGGGACGAGCUCCUCCCAGACCAAAAUCGCCAUUGGCAUCUCCGAUCGAGCCAUUCCCGGAUCGCGUAGACCCUGCUAUCCAGAGUGCCCGAAGCCGCUCGCCGGACCGUAAAGCCCAUAUGAAGCAACCAUCCGUGGGCCGCUCGCGCGGAAAUUGCAAGGCGUGCAAGCUGCCAAUCACUGGAAAGUCCAUCUCAUCAGCAGAUGGUCGUUUGACCGGCCGUUACCACAAGGCCUGUUUUGUCUGUACAACCUGCCAGAGCCCCUUUACGUCUGCAGAAUUCUACGUGCUUGACGACAAGCCCUAUGAUGCUGGGUGUUACCACCGACUGAAUGGUAGUUUGUGCACAACCUGCGGCUAUGGUAUUGAGGGCCAGUAUCUCGAGGACGACUCUGCGCAUAAACACCAUCCCGGUUGCUUCCGCUGCGGCGACUGCCGCAGGCCUUUACAUGACGGCUACUUUGAAGUCAAUGGCAGGGCCUACUGCGAACGAGAUGCCUGGAGACGCGUCCAACCACCACCUAUGGCGCCAUACGGGCGUGGCGGUAUGAGACCGCCACCGCCUAAUGGCAGCCGUUUGGGACUUCCCGGCGGCAGCCGACUCGCUCCUCCCGGUGGAAGACCGAGGAUGGAAAAGAGAAUGACAAGACUAGGCAUGAUGUAA